AUGGACCCAGCACCCUGUUCGGUCCGCCUCGCCGUCCGUGACGCCAUCCGCACCCUUUCAUCCUCUGAGGAUGGCGCCUGUAUCUCUGCCACCCUGGGGUCCCUGAAGGGCUACCUGGGUGAUGCAGAGGGUCCCCCCCUCCCCAGCGAGAAGGCGGAGUUCGCCCGGCUGCAUUUCUCCCCGCUCCUCAGAUGCCUGGUGGGCAGGCUGAGCCCCGACUGGCUGGAGCUGCUCCCCGCUGGCCAGCUGGAGGAGCUGUGGGCCAGCUUCUUCCUCGAGGGGCCUGCUGACCAGGCCUUCCUGGUGCUGAUGGAGGCCAUCGAGGGCACUGCUGGCCCCAGCUACCGUCUGAGGAAGCUGGCGCAGCUGCUGGAGCGGUUCCUGCGCGCGGGCAGAGUGGCCGUGCUGGCGGCGGCCCGGUGUCAGCAGCAGACGCAGCCCGGCUCCGCCCUGCUCCAGGAGACGCUGCUCCGCAAGGUGGCCUGCCUGCCCGACCUCCUGAGCAACCGGUUGCAGCACGAGAGCCCGGCCCUGUUCCUUCCCCAGGGGUACUUCCCGCUGCUCGCCGAGGAGCUGGUCCGUGCGCUGCACACGGUGGCGGACGCUCUACGGGGCGGCACGGACUGCUCUCUCGCCUUUGCCUCCCAGUUGCUGGGGAAGGUCUGCAUCCACGGGAGACGGAAGCAGCUCCUGGAUGUGCUGGUGCCCCGCCUGGCGGCACUCACGCAGGAUGAUGGGCUCUGGCAGCGGGUGUGCUGGCACCUGAUGGAGCGUGUGCCCGACCGGGCCAUGGAGGCCGUGCUGAUGGGGCUCAUAGAGGCCGCCCCAGGGCCAGAGGUCCUGUCACGACUGUUGGGCAGUCUGGUGCUGAAGAGCAAGAAAGCCCAGUACGUGAUGACCCGCAAGGCUCUGUUCCAGCACCAGUGCACGACAGCUGUGCUGCAGAGUCUCCUGGGGUACCUGGCUGCAGACAGUCGGCGGCGGCCUCUCCUCGUGCAGGCACUGAAGGAGCUCCUGGAGACCUGGGGCAGCCGCAGUGCCGUGAGGCACACCCCACUGUCCCAGCAGCUCCACGUGGCCAAGGCCAUCCUCGUGUGCUUGGCACGCCUGGGGGAGGCGGAGCUGCAGGACAUCCGGGAAGAGCUGUUGGCCAGCAUGAUGGCGGGCAUACACAACCACCUGGACAGCAGCCUGCCGUCCGUGCGUCACUUGGGCAUGGUGGUGGCUGAGGUCCUCAGUGCCCGCUUGCACCCCGAGGGCCCGCCCCUCAAGUUCCAGUACGAGGAGGAUGAGCUGACCCGGGAAUUGUUGGCCUUGGUGGCUCCCCGGCCGGCGGACGGUGGCCCCUCUGCGUCGGGCCUGCCUACUGCACCCGCCACCACGGGGACCCCUGCUGACGAUGGCCGGGACGUCGGCAUGCCCCAGGGGCCGCCUGAUGGGGCUGACUCCGAGCUGGACAGUGACGACGAGUUUGUCCCCUACGACAUGUCAGGGGACCAGCAGCUGAGGAGCAGCAAGGCGCCCGUGUACAUCAGAGACUGCCUGGAAGCCUUGCUGACGUCGGAGGACUGGGAGCGCUGGGAGGCGGCCUUGCGGGCAGUGCAGGGUCUCAUCUACCGCAGCCCCGCGGCCACCCGGGAGGUGAGUGUGGAGCUGGCCCAGGCACUGCUGCAUAUGGAGGAGAAGACGUGCGUGGCCGGCUUUGAAGGGCUGCGCCGCGCGGGCCUGGUCGCCAUCACUGUCACGGACCCGGCGCGGGUGGCGGAGUACCUGACGGCGCAGUUCUAUGCCCUGAAUUACAGCCUGCGGCAGCGUAUGGACAUCUUGGACGUCCUGACGCUCGCUGCUCACGAGCUGUCUCGGCCUGGACGUGGCUCUGCGGCUUCCCGGCGGGGUGCCCCUGGUCCUGGUGGCCGGGGUGAGCCAGCCCUGUCUGGCUCCCAGCUCAGUGGCGUGGCACCUGCAGGCUGGCGAGCAGUGGUGGAGGAGCGGAUCAGAAACAAGACGAGGCGGUUCUCUAAGGGCUCCUCCAGGCUGGACCCAGUCUGCAGCCCGAAUGAGUUCAAUGCCGUGGCCGGCUGCUUCUUCUUCCCCCUCAUCCAGCGCUUCGACAGGCCGUUGGUGACCUUCGACCUUCUGGGAGAUGACCACCUGGUGCUGGGCAGGCUGGCUCACACCCUGGGGGCCCUGAUGUACCUGGCGGUGAACACCACAGCAGCCUUGCCCAUGGGGAGGGCCCUACUGGAGUUCGUAUGGGCUCUUCGCUUCCACACGGAUGCCUACGUGCGGCAGGGCCUGCUGUCUGCCAUCGCGUCCAUCCUGUUGAGUAUCCCCAAGGGUCAGCUGCUGGGGGGACUGGCGGAGGAGCUGCUGGAGGCCCGGGCCUGGCUGGCAGGUGUGGCCGAGGAGGACCCUGACGGGGACUGCAGGGCGCUGGCUGUACGGGCCCUCCUUCUCACUGAGAAGCUCAGGGACUCCUUCCUUCCAAGCCUUUGUCCUUAG